AUGAAAUUUACCCUUCUCACCCUGCUAUCAUUACUGCGGCUGUCGCCGCAAAUGCUGCUUCUGUUCAGAUCGCCUAUCAAGCAAACAUUGAGCACAAGACCAAGCAUCAGUCUGGUCAUGGACCUAGUGUUCCAUGCUGUCCCGCUGAUUCCAGCAACUGCCUCACAUGUUGUCAGCAGUGGUUACUUGGAAAAGGUGCCCGCACAAAGAGCGAACAAGAUCCUUAUAUAUGGUGAUGGCACCAAGAGUGGGUUCGAAGCCAAGGGUGGCUACAAUGUCAAGAACGAACCAAACAAGUCCUAUGGUAAUCACGGGAAUGGACAUCGCCAUGCACCCAUCCCUAUUAGGUACAAUGCAGGCAGCAAAAUGUCUGGGCAGCAUGCCUACCAUACAGUCGCCGCUCCCGUCUACUAG